GAUGUAAGUUUGCAAUGAUUUAUACGACUAUAAAGUGUUUGUGAUAUUAGUUAAUAAUAUUUGGUUUGAAUUAUAAAGUGAUUGACAAUCGACUCGUGUAUUGAAAUGUUUAUAAUUUUGAGAAAUGUUUUACUAAAAGCCAACAAAAAUAAAAUGAUAUUUUCAGCCAUAACUUCUCGACAUUUGAAGAAAACUGUUGAAAUGGUAACCAAACGGUCGACCACUUCAUUGGUGUCAUUGACGGACAGAGUCAUUGCCGAUACAUAUGAGUCCCGAAACCCGGAAGACGACUAUUCACACAAUUUUGAUAAUAUUUGGCCAAAUCUUAUCGGUUUUAUUAAAAGUAACAAAUGGACUGAAGAUAAGAGAUUAACAAAUUUAUUGUAUUUGCCAUUAAUGGGAAAAUGCAAUCAUUAUCUGAAUUGUGAAAAGAGAUGGAUUCAUAUAUCAAACACAAGUUAUCUGAUCCGUGGUUUAAUAAUAUCACUUUUAGCUAAAGCCUAUUCAUACCCUAAACAUAUUAUAGACAAACUUGAAUUACUAUCAAAUGAGUUACAAUUGAUUGACAAAUGGCAACAAAUAGUGGCACAAAGUACUGAUAUGACACAUGUGGCUCAGAUACUACACGCCAGUGCCAGAAAACCAUCGACCAUUACAACCGGUGAUCAUACAAAAGAGAUUCAAUUAGUCAGAUAUAUGUUAUUAUUUGGAGAUUUACUCUUAACUCAGGCCAACAAAGAUGUAACACUUAUCCGUAAUCCGACUAUAACCGGUUUAACCGCCAAAUCAUUGCAAAAUUUCACUGAAGCGGAAUUCUUAAGAUUAGAGCUAAAACACAAAUCUGACAUAACUUUAGAGACAUUGGAAACGUAUUGUUCAUUAUAUGGAGGAUCACUAUUAGGACACAGUUGUCAAUCGGUUAUACUUUUGGCACAAUUUGAUCAACAAAUACAAAACAAUGCCUAUGAGUUAGGAAAACAUAUCGGCAUUGCUUUACAACUUUCAGACCUAUUAUACAUUUAUACAAAUAUAGGCGAAGAUAACUCAACUAAUAUUAAUAAUAACGAUAAUAUUUCUAUAUUUGAUUUAACUUUAAUGAAGACAUUACUUAAAUCAAAUGUUAAUAAAGCUAUUAAUCUAAUCAAUAAUUUAGACAAAAGUGAUGCAUCAGAUGCUCUGAUAAAUAUAUUAUUAAGUGUUGAAAAGAGUUAA